GAGGAGUCCAAGAUGAACUUGGAGCAGGAGAGGCCGUUUGUCUGCAGUGCCCCAGGCUGCUCUCAGCGUUUCCCAACAGAGGACCAUCUGAUGAUUCAUAGGCACAAGCAUGAGAUGACUUUGAAGUUUCCUUCGAUAAAAACAGACAACAUGCUAUCAGAUCAGACUCCAACGCCAACAAGAUUCCUGAAGAACUGUGAGGAGGUGGGUCUCUUCAGCGAGCUGGACUGCUCCUUUGAGCACGAGUUCAGGAAGGCUCAAGAGGAAGAGAGCAGCAAGAGGAAUAUCUCCAUGCAUAAUACAGUUGGUGGGACCAUGACGGGGCCUGGAGCUCACCAGUUAGGCAGCUCAAGGAUGCCCAACCACGACACCAGUGUUGUGAUUCAGCAAGCCAUGCCUUCGCCCCAGUCCAGCUCAGUCAUCACGCAGGCUCCCUCCACCAACCGCCAGAUCGGGCCUGUCCCAGGCUCUCUAUCAUCUCUGCUUCAUCUCCACAACAGACAGAGACAGCCCAUGCCAGCCUCCAUGCCUGGAACCCUGCCCAACCCCACCAUGCCAGGAUCUUCUGCAGUCUUGAUGCCUAUGGAGAGGCAGAUGUCAGUGAACUCCAGCAUCAUGGGCAUGCAAGGUCCAAACCUUAGCAACCCCUGUGCUUCUCCCCAGGUUCAGCCAAUGCAUUCAGAAGCCAAAAUGAGAUUGAAGGCUGCCUUGACUCACCAUCCUGCUGCCAUGUCGAACGGGAACAUGAGCACCAUCGGACACAUGAUGGAGAUGAUGGGCUCCCGGCAAGACCAGACGCCGCACCACCACAUGCACUCGCACCCGCAUCAGCACCAGACACUGCCGCCCCACCACCCCUAUCCACACCAGCACCAGCACCCCACACACCAUCCCCAUCCACAGCCUCACCACCAGCAGAACCACCCGCACCACCACUCCCAUUCCCACCUCCACGCACACCCGGCGCACCACCAGACCUCGCCACACCCGCCCCUGCACACCGGCAACCAAGCACAGGUUUCACCAGCCACACAACAGAUGCAGCCAACUCAGACAAUACAACCACCCCAGCCCACAGGGGGACGCCGGCGAAGGGUGGUGGAUGAGGACCCAGAUGAGAGGCGGAGGAAAUUUCUGGAAAGGAACCGGGCCGCCGCCACCCGCUGCAGACAGAAGAGGAAGGUCUGGGUGAUGUCACUGGAAAAGAAAGCUGAAGAGCUCACCCAGACAAACAUGCAGCUUCAGAAUGAAGUGUCCAUGUUGAAAAAUGAGGUGGCCCAGCUGAAGCAGUUGUUGUUAACACAUAAAGACUGUCCAAUAACAGCCAUGCAGAAAGAAUCACAAGGAUACUUAAGUCCAGAGAGCAGCCCUCCUGCAAGCCCUGUGCCAGCGUGCUCUCAGCAGCAAGUCAUCCAGCAUAACACCAUCACGACAUCCUCAUCGGUCAGCGAGGUGGUGGGGAGCUCCACCCUCAGUCAGCUCACGAGUCACAGAACAGACCUGAACCCUAUUCUCUAAAAGGCAUCGGUCAAACCUGGCCUUUGAGAAGAGCUGUAGCAUGCCGUACAUCCUUUCUCAAAAGGGCAUUUUUAGAAUUAACUCAGACCUGGAAGACGCCUCGGCCCUUCAAAGACUGGCUUUCAUUUUUAUAGUUAUUAUGGAAAUGUUGUCUUUUAUACUUAGUUAUAUAAGAAAAAGGGAGAUAUGCAAUGAAUAUCUAUCAGCUCAGGAGGCACUGUGGUGCUUCUCUGCAAUUUUCUGGUACCAGUUUCUUGUUUAUAAACGGAACCUUUCCUGUAUAUAGCCACGGUUUCAUUCUUACCAGCCCAACCCUUUGCCUGGAACAAUGAAUCUUGUUAAACUACAGCUUUUAGCCAAAAUGAGGUAUGCCUAGAUGUCAAGUGAGAUGGAUCCACACAGUAACUUGCUGGGAAAGCUCAUGAUGUUGUAACUCAUGUUGAGUUUGUGCUGUGAUGUCACCAGAGUCACAGAUAAACACAUGAGCCUUCCUAAAUAUUUUUUUUCUCCUGCUAGAAGAAAAAAGAAAUUAUGGUCCAUCGAUAUCCUAAGGAAGCCACCAAGCAUCUCAGGCCCUCUCCUCCCGUUCUUGUCCACUCGCUCAGAUGUCCAAUAUCUGUCUCCAUUUCCCUUUCCCCAGAUCCCUUGUUCACUCUUUGUUUUGACUUUUCUUCUGUUUCCUUUUCUUCCCUUUAGCUUUGCAUGUGAAGAGGAAAAUAAUGUUUAAAGCAGAAAAAAAAAGCAAAUCUUGAAACUGUGGGCUUAGCCACAGUUUAACCCACAGCUGGAGUUCAUUCAGUUCUUGCCUUUCACAAAAUAGCAACCAGGAGAUGUUUAAUGUGCCUGAUUUAAUGUUUUUAAUAACCAGAGCAAAUAAAAGGUGGUUUGGUUAUAGGUGAAGCACUGUUGAAUGCCAGCUGUGGAGACACUAGGGAAAGGGACUCUGUAAGCCCCAACUGUGAAAAUUCAAAUAAGGAUGUGGGUUCUAACAUCACACCCUCGAAUUACAACUCGUUUCUAUGGCCUGUCUAUAAUGUUGAAAACCCCAUGCACUAUAUAAUAGUUCAGAAGGGCUCUGUUCACUACACAGAUUACAUCGUUCAAUCAUCAGCUGCUAAUAACCUAAGAUUUAUUAUUAUUAUUUUUCUUAAGCCUAUGGAACCGGCUCUGCUGUUCUGGUGGGCAAAAGCAAGCUCACUCCUGGAGAAACAGAGAAAGCAAAGCCAGCGUUUCUCAGGGUACUCGCAGCCUGCCUGACCAGUCAGACUCUGGCUGCUGACCGAGUCCCAUGGAGGUAGCCAGUCUGGCAUGCGCAUCGGAAUCAUUCCGAUUUAUAUUUUCAGCAAUGUCCAUGGACUUGCCCAGUACGAAAAGCAGAUCAAACCCAAACCACAGUUGUGCCUCCUUGAAAAAAGCCAUUCUACUCUGCUGGUGUUUUAAUAUCGCGUUUCACAAAUAAUAGGGGCUAAUGUUUCUCACUAGCAGUCUGGGCAUAUGCUGGUGUUUCAUCUCUGCCCAAAUAAUUCACCUCCUAAUGUGUGUGUGUGUGUGUGUGUGUGUGUGUGUGUGUGUGUGUGUGUGUGUGCGCACAUGGGUGUGUAUGCCUGUGUGUGUGUGUGUGUGUGUGUGUGUGUGUGUGUUUAUGAACAGUAUAGGUUUUAAAAGAACAGUAUUUUACAAAAGCCAUCACUUUUAUAAGAGUUCAGUAAAGGAAGGAUGUACUUUUUCGCUCACUAUAGUUUAAAAAAUCUAUUUUGGAGGAAAAUAAAAAGAAAAUAUGAGGGCUCUGAAGCAUGAUUUUUUUAUAACUACUUUCAGUUUUAUCUAAUAACUUACUUUAAAAAAUCAAUACUUAUCAACCAUUUUUCAUGUAUGCUGUGCUUUUGAGAGACAAGUUUGGCUGUUCAGUGAAGCGUAAGGAUAUGCGGCCUAAGAAUCAAAAACAAACGGAAAAAAUAAUAAAAAGAGGGAAAAGAAAAAUGAAAAGGGAAGAAAGAAGAUGGAGCAAACAUAAAAAUUUCUAUUGUACUUUAGGAAAAAGUAUUAUUUUCAGGUAUUUUAAACACUGAAUUAGUAUUGUUUUUUUUUUUUCUUAAUUCCAGCAGUAA